ACCAGCAGCAGUCACUACCGUCCGGCACCUCAUAAUUAACGAACGAGAAUCGAAUCGAAUCGAAUCCAAUCCAAGCCCUACAAUUUACUAUAAAACACAAUCAUCACAAACUUUCCACGCCAUUUUUCCAUUACUAAUUUUCUUAUAUUAUUCUCUCACACUUUUAGUGCCGUGCUCUAAUAAUUGAAGCUGAAAAAAUGGAAAACAACAGUGACGAUCAAAAGGCGACGAUCUUGAUCACCAACGACGACGGCAUUGACGCUCCCGGUCUCUGCUCGCUUGUUCGCGUCCUCGUCUCCGCUAAUCGUUUCAAUGUCCUUGUUUGCGCUCCUGAUUCGGAAAAAUCAGCGGUUAGUCAUUCAAUUACUUACCGGCAUCCGAUUUCUGCUCGUCGUGCAGAUAUUGAAGGAACCUUAGCUUAUGCAGUUUGUGGAACACCGGCUGAUUGUGCUUCUGUGGGAGUCUCGAAAGCCCUCUUUCCUUCAAUUCCUGAUCUGGUUUUAAGUGGUAUAAACAUGGGAAGCAACUGUGGCUAUCACAUUCAAUACUCUGGCACAGUUGCCGGUGCUCGGGAGGCCUUCUUUUUUGGUGUACCCUCAGUCUCUAUUUCCUAUGAUUGGGUCGGAGGUAAAAGCACUGUUCAGGAUUACACACUUGCUGCUGAGGCUUGUAUGCCAAUCAUAAGUGCCUUAAUUGUUGAGAUCAAGAAUAAAACGUAUCAUUCAGGGUGUUUCCUGAAUAUAGAUUUGCCAACAAAUGUUGCAAAUCAUAAGGGCUAUAAGCUAACUCAGCAGGGUAAAAGCAUAUUUAAGAUGGGGUGGAGACAAGUUCACUCUGGCAUGGAAGCAAGGAAAAUGUUAUCAACAAUGACAAUGGACACAAAUUCGAUAGUGGAGACAGAGGUUGAUGGGUCAAAUGCAUCCGAAGAACAAAUGUGGUUCAGGAGAGAAGUGAGGGGAGCACAAGUUGAAGAAGAAGAUUCUGAUCACAAAUUUCUUCAGGAAGGAUAUAUUACUGUUACUCCCCUGGGCGCCCUUUCCCGUGCAGAAAUUAGCAGCACAGAGUACUUUAAAAAUUGGCUUCCAGGUGUGAUCGACCACACAUCUCCAUCAGCCUUGUAAUAGUGCAGACUCUUCAGAACCCAGACUUUGAGGCUGAUUGAAAGGCCUUUCAAAUUUGAAGCAGCGAAUGAAGAAAUCCUCUGGAUUUUUCUAUGCUUACUUUCAUUUUUCACCUGCCUCCUCCUUGCCAGGUUUUAUGCAUUGCACUCAAUAAUCAUAAUCUUCUUAGAAUGUCAUAUAUUGUGAUCAUAUCAUUGAUUUUGUUAAAAUGCACAAUAUGAAAUUUAAUAAUAAUUCUGUGCAUUUGCUUUCAAGUUA